GAAGGAAUAACAGCAGAGAGUGUGUGAAUGUGUGAAACUGCAGCUGGAGCAGGUCGUGUGUUUGCUUUAGCAUGCACGACUGGGGCCCCCUCUGAUUGGUUGGCACGCUGGACUGGGGGGCUCUUGGGGCUCCAAAACCCCCUCUGAUUGCUUUGGUUGAGGGACGAACGAAGAAGGAAAUGUGUGAGAGCGAAGCAUGGGCAACACAAUCUACUGGACACCAAAAGUGAGACUCCACGCGCCAGGCUUACACUCGCACACGCUCUCACCUAAACUCAAACGCAAGCACUGGUGACUUUGCAUCCCUUUAGGAGGCAUGGACCAGUCCACUGCGGCUGCUGUUUUAUUACUGGCUUCUCUCUUGCUCCUGAGCUCACGGACAGCGCGUUCAGAGGAAGACAGGGACACGCUCUGGGACGCUUGGGGAACAUGGAGUGAAUGUUCUCGCACUUGUGGGGGAGGAGCUUCCUAUUCACUCAGACGGUGCCUCAGCUCAAAAACUUGUGAGGGACAGAAUAUCAAAUACCGCACAUGUAGCAAUGUGGACUGUCCGCCAGAUUCUGAAGACUUUCGUGCUCAGCAGUGCUCAGCUCAUGCGGAUGUUCACUAUCAGGGUAACUACCACGAAUGGCUUCCAGUGGAUAAUGACCCUGAAAAUCCUUGCGCCCUCAAGUGCCGAGCUAAAGCCACUGGACAGGUUGUGGAGCUGGCACCUAAAGUGCUGGAUGGGACACGGUGUUACACAGAGUCUCUUGAUAUGUGCAUAAACGGAGCCUGUCAGAUUGUUGGCUGUGACCAUGAAUUAGGGAGCACAGCUAAAGAGGACAACUGUGGAGUGUGCAAUGGAGAUGGCUCCUCAUGUCGCCUGGUUAGGGGGAACUACAAAUCCCAACAUGCCACAGAAAAGACUGAAGACACCGUGAUCAUUAUUCCGUAUGGGAGUCGACACGUUCGCUUGAUUCUUAAAGGCCCGGAUCACUUGUUUCUGGAAAGUAAGACUCUGCAAGGCCUGAAGGAUGAACUCUCUCUGGAUAAAACCUGGCAGUAUGUGUUGGAGAACACCACCAUUGACUUUCAACAGCUCUCGGAUAAGGAGGUCCUGAGGAUAACUGGACCACUCGGCGCCGACUUCACUGUCAAAGUAAAAUACACAAAUGGAGCAGACAGCGUGAUCCAGUUCAUUUUCUACCAGCCCAUAGUCCAUCGCUGGAGAGAGACUGACUUCUUUCCUUGUUCGGUCACCUGUGGAGGGGGGUAUCAAUUGACAUCAGCAGAAUGUUUUGACCUUCGGAGUAACCGUGUGGUGGUAGACCAGUACUGCCACUAUUACCCUGAGAAUGUUAAACCCAAACCCAAACUACAGGAGUGCAAUAUGGACCCGUGUCCUGCAAUCGACGGAUACAAGCAGAUCAUGCCUUAUGACCUUUACCACCCUUUACCACGGUGGGAGAGCAGCCCCUGGACAACCUGUUCCACAUCAUGCGGUGGGGGGGUCCAGAGCCGCUCGGUCUCCUGUGUGGAAGAAGAUAUGCAGGGCAACAUGAACCCUACAGAUGAAUGGAAGUGCCUGUAUGCACCAAAGACACCGAUUCUACAGCCAUGCAACACCUUUGACUGUCCUACAUGGCUGGCACAAGAGUGGUCACCGUGCACAGUGACAUGUGGACAGGGUCUGCGCUACAGAGUGGUCUUGUGUAUAGAUCACAGAGGUCUGCAUGCUGGAGGCUGCAAUCCCACCACUAAACCACACAUCAAGGAAGAAUGCCUUGUCACAGUGCCUUGCUACAAACCCAUUGAGAAACUUCCUGUGGAAGCAAAGCCACCUUGGUUCAAGCAGGCCAUAGAGUUGGAAGAAGACACCGCUUUAUCUGAAGAACCCAUGUUCAUCAGAGGAGCAUGGGGUCCGUGUAGCAGAACGUGUGGUGCUGGUACUCAGAGGAGAACAGUGAAGUGUCAGAUGCUGCUGUCCUUCUCACAGUCAAUCGCAGACCUCCCAGACGAUGAGUGUGAGGGCCAGAAACCUCCAGAGACUCAGCCCUGUUACCGAACCCCGUGCCUUGGAGAACGAGCAGAAGAAGAGAGUGGGAUGGAAGUUACUUUCACCUCAGAGAAAGAGGAACUGCAUGACUGGGAGUAUGAGGGCUUCACUGAGUGCUCAGAGACUUGUGGUGGUGGAAUGCAGGAGGCUGUGGUGAUCUGUCUCAAUAAGCAAACCAGAGAGACUGCAGAUGAGAAGCUGUGUGUUAGUGCACGUCGGCCUCCUCAGCUUCUACAGAGCUGCAACACUGAGCCAUGCCCUCCCAGGUGGGAGAUGGAGCCUUGGAGCUUCUGUUCAGCCACGUGUGGGGUUGGUCUCCAGACACGUGCUGUAACCUGCAUUCUAAGAGCAGGACCACAUAGCAACCACACAGAGAAAGUCAAAGACGAGAACUGUCGGCAGCCCAAGCCCAGCUCAGUCCAGGCCUGCAAUCGCUUUGACUGUCCACCCACAUGGGAUGUCCAGGAAUGGAGUCAGUGCUCUCGUAGCUGUGGAGGAGGCAGUCAGAAGAGAGAGGUCGUCUGCAAGCAGCGGAUGUCAGACGGAAGUGUACUAGAACUACCUGAAACAUUCUGCCCCUUUCCGAGUUUACCCUCCAUUCAGCCCUGUGGCAAAGUGGACUGUGCUGCUCAGUGGAUCUCCACAAACUGGAGUCAGUGUUCUGCUUCUUGUGGAGAAGGAACCCAGAGGUUGCUAGUGGUGUGUAAGGCCCUGGGAGAAAAAGGACAAUACCGAACGAUGGUUCCUGAUGCUUGUGCCACUGUUCCAAAACCACCAACUGUCAAAUCAUGCUUCCUUGGACCUUGUGAAAAGAUUUUCAAGCCAGCAGUUGUAAAACCCAAGCCUACCAUUCUGGCUCAAAGAAGGGUCUACAUUCAGUGGAGAAAAGGCAAGAAGCUACACUUUGUGGUGGGCGGUUAUGCCUACUUACUGCCAUGGACAUCUGUGGUGCUUCGCUGCCCUACCCGUUAUUUCCGCAAGGGCCGUGUGCACUGGUUGAAAGAUGGUAAACCGCUUGAAAUUAUGGGCCAUGUAUCCAUAUCACAUGUGGGUUACUUAAAGAUCCAGCAGCUGCGUGCUUCUGAUGCUGGGAUUUACACUUGUAUUGCUGGCCAAGCUCAAGAGAACUUUGUCCUGAAGCUUAUCGGCAGCAAGCGGAAGCUUUUGGUGCCAGAAGCAGACUUGUGGACCACGGAUGGUAUAAACACCUCACCAAAACUUCACCAAACUUCAUCUGCUACUGAAGGCAGAGACAAAGAGUUAUCUUUGAACCAUUACGAUGCUAUCGUUCAGCACUUACUUGACUUGAAGGAAUUACCAUUUGAGGGAGUGACCUCCAAGGAAUUGCUGGAUUCCUCUGAGAAAAAUAGUUCCAACCUGGAGGAAUACACAAUUUUGGAUUCUUUAAGGCCUCAAAUGCUCAUUGCAUAUAUGCCAAGGCUUGAUGAGGUCACCCGUAAUCUGUCUGGAGCGUUCCAUGAGAGAGAUGGGCUUAUCACUCAGCUACUAGAAGAACUUACAAAGAGCCACGAGGAGAACAAUGAAUCCACUCGGCCACCACACGAAAGACCAGCGCACUCCUUGCGAAAUUCGACUUCUCAGAGAAGCAAACAGAAACAGGCUCCCCAUAACAGCAGGCAAUGGAGAGGACAGCUCAGAAGCCCGAUUAUCCUGCAGAAGUCUUCCAGAGACCAAAUCAAGAGCCCUCAAGAAAUCAUGGAUUAUGUUGGAGGUCUUAUUUUAGUUCCAAGACACACUGUCCGAUUAAAAAUCAAAUGCCAAGCACAGGGUAACCCAGAACCAGUGAUCGUAUGGUCUAAGGAUGGAAGGGAAAUAAGAAACAGCAGCAGAGUAGGCCUAAUGCCAGAUGGUUCCCUGUAUGUUCAAGCACCAAGUGAGACAGACACUGGACUCUACAUCUGCACUGCCUCAAACCGCCAGGGCUCCAUCUCGUUGUCCUCUCAAGUGCAAAUUACAGGAAGCUGUGUGAGCAGUGCGAGUGAGGGGAACAGUUCUGUGUGCUCAAACACGACCAAGCUGUACAACUUCUGCCAUGGACAACAGUGCCCCCACAGGUGGCAGUUGUCCACUUGGUCAUCCUGCUCUGUGAGUUGUGGAGGAGGGAUUCAGAAUCGCAAUGUAAGCUGUCAGGAAGCUCCAGGGGGAUCAGAGGCUUGUGCCGGGAGGAAGCCAGCAGUAACCAGGCACUGUAACCUUCAACCUUGUGUUGGCUGGACAACCACUCCAUGGGGACACUGCCAAGGUCAUUGUGUUGGACCACGCCAAGCCCUUCAGUAUAGACACGUGUUCUGCCAAGAAAAGAACAGCACUAGAGUGGCACAUCGAAUGUGCAGUAGUCAACCAAGGCCUGCUUCACAGCGUAACUGCAUGACAGAAGCGUGUGCUUUGCAGUGGCGAGUUGGCCCCUGGACCCAUUGCACUGCCACAUGUGGUCGUCAUGGAUUCCAGUCCCGUCACGUCACUUGUGCCCAUCGGCGAAGUGGGAAGCCAGCACGUGAGUUCCACUGUGCUUGGAAACCUCGACCAACCAGCUGGCAGCGAUGCAACAUCCUGUCCUGUGGGAGAGAUGAAUGUCGGGACAGCACUAGGUACUGUGAAAAGGUUCGACAGCUAGAGCUUUGCCCACUGCCCCAGUUUAAAUCACGCUGCUGCCAAUCUUGCAAAGACACCUGAGGCUAAAUAUGGAUGGAAGUACAGAGAAGGGCAGAGAACAUUUAGAAAACAAGGAGGAGAUGACCCUAGUGCCCACUAAGCAACCCAACACAGACCCUCAAGGACCAGGGGUUUGUGCUGAGUUAUAGUAACUGGGAUUGGUGGAUUCGAGAGAAAACAGCUCCCACAAGCAGCCCUGUAAAGAAUAUAAAUAGGAACUGAACACACAUAUAUAUUAUUAAUAAGACUAUGACCUUAUUUUGACUUCAGUGAAGGUUUCGAAUAGAUUUCUUUUUUCUUUUUUAUGUGUUGAGUAUUAUGGUCUGCAGAUAUGUGACUUUUGUUAGUGUUCACUGGAUGUUUAUGACUCUGCUCCCGCAAAGACACUGUCAGAUAUUGUAAAGAUCUAUAAACUGGAGUUUUGCAUUUUAUAUGCUUAAACCACACCACUGGGAACAUAAUAACGGCCAAAUUUUGGAAGACUGUCAUUAUGAUAUCUACCAUGCUCUCACUUUUCAAUGUUAUUUGGAAACCAAUUUUAUUUACUUCACCCCCAAAACCAUGUCAGAUGGAAUCGUUGAACAUUUUUGUGUGUUUAAAUCAGCCUCUUAUCCAGAUGGUCUUUAAGGAUGGGUAUCCAUGAUAAAGUGCUAAAAAUGUAGCAUUACCUUUGAGAAUGUGUAAUUUUAUUUUAAUUUAAAGACUCUUUGACACAGAGCCAUCAACAAUGGCUAAAAUUAUGCAUACCCUUCAUGCAAAGUGUAUAGAGGUACAACAGUUUGUUUCUGGCAUUCAGUGUAUUUUAUUUUUAUGUAGCACUAAAUCUUUGCCAAGUUCUGGUUGACACUUAAAGGGAUAGUUCACCCAAAAAUGAAAAUUCUCUCAUUUUUUUAAUCACACGACUCCAUUGGUUUAAUAUAUGUCUUUAGAAGCUAUAUGAUAGGUGUGGGUGAGAAACAGAUCAAUAUUUAAGUCCUUUUUUUACUAUAAAUCUCCACUUUCACAUUCUUUCACAUUCUUUCACAUGUUGAAAGAUGUGAUUUUUGGAGCUUGAAAGGUCUGGUCACCAUUCACUUGCAUUGUAAGGAGCAACAGAGCUGAGAUAUUUUUCUAAAAAUCUUUGUUUGUGUUCUGCAGAAUAAAGAAAGACAUACACAUCUGGCAUGGCAUGAGGGUGAUUAAAUGAUGUGAGAAUUUUCAUUUUGGGUAAACUAUCCCUUUAAACCCUACUAACACAAGGUGUUUUGAAGGUUCACAAAAUUCCAGACUUGCGCUAUCACACUUUUAAAGUUUACAGUGGAACAUGGCAACACCAAUGUUACUGAGAGCAUAUUCAAUUAACCAAAUCCUUGUGAUCCAGAAAGCUAAUAUUCAAAAUCAAAAUGACAUAUUGCAGCUUAAACAUACACUGAUUAGCCACAACAUUAAAACCACCUGCCUAAUAUUGUGUAGGUCCACCUCAUGCCGCCAAAACAGCACCAACCCGCACCUCAGAAUAGCAUUUUGAGAUGCUAUUCUUCUCACCACAAUUGUACAGAGCGGUUAUCUGAGUUAAAAACAGACUUUGUCAGUUCGAACCGGUCUGGCCAUUCUCUGUUGACCUCUCUCAUCAACAAGGCAUUUUCGUCUGCAGAACUGCCGCUCGCUGGAUGUUUUUUGUUUUUCGCACCAUUUUGUGUAAACACUCUAGAGACUUGUGCGUAAAAAUCCCAGCAGUUACAGAAAUACUCAAACCAGCCCAUUUGGCACCAACAAUCAUGCAACGGCUCAAAUCACUGAGAUCAUUUUUCCCCAUUCUGAUGGUUGAUGUGAACAUUAACUGAAGCUCCUGACCCGUUUCUGCAUGAUUUUAUGCACUGCAUUGCUGCCACAUGAUUGGCUGAUUAGAUAAUCGCAUGAAUAAGUAGGUGAACAGGUGUACCUAAUAAAGUGGCCGGUGAGUGUAUAUAUAUAAUAUAUAUUUUUAAGGACGGUAUUGUAUGUGAAUGCACCAGAAAUAUUAUUUAUAUUUUUGCAUUAAAUGUUUUUUUUUUGGUGUUUUUUUUUACAAAAAUAAACUAGCUUUGCUAGAAAAUAAUGUCAUUCAAUGUGAACGUUACUGAUUAGUUUUUGAUUAUCAACCUUUGAGGCUUCCAAAACUAUUCUACACUAUCUCUGACUAUCACUCUCAGUCAAUUUUUUGACAAACCCUGCCCUGCCUUUACUGACAGAAGUACUAUGCUGCUCUUUGGCUGAAAAACCUAGACGAUGAACAUUUAAAUUAACUGCAAAGAAUCAUAUGUAACAUGAUUAUUGGUGCCAGAUGGGCUGGUUAGAGUAUUUCUGUAACUGCUGAUCUCCUGGGAUUUUCACACACAACAGUCUCUAGAAUUUACUCAGAAUGGUGCCAA